GCCGGUGCCGGGGCGAUGGCGGGGCCGGUGCUGGCGCUGGCGGCGGCCGCGGGGCUGUGGGCGCGGGGGGCGGCGGGCGCCGAGGUGGCGGCGGCGCGUCCCGGAGCGCUGGAGGAGGAGAUCGUGUCCGAGAAGGCGGCGGAGGAGAGUCACCGCCAGGACAGCGCCAACCUGCUCGUUUUCAUCCUGCUGCUCACCCUCACCAUCCUCACCAUCUGGCUCUUCAAGCACCGCCGCGCUCGCUUCCUUCACGAGACCGGGCUGGCCAUGAUCUACGGUGUCCUGGUUGGCGUGGUCCUGCGCUACGGCAUCCACGUCCCCAGCGACGUCAACAACGUCACCCUGAGCUGCCAGGUGCAGAGCAGCCCGGCCACGCUGCUGGUGAACGUCAGUGGCAAGUUCUAUGAGUACACCCUGAAGGGGGAGAUCAGUGCCCAGGAGCUCAACAAUGUCCAGGAUAAUGAGAUGCUGAGGAAGGUGACUUUUGAUCCUGAAGUAUUCUUCAACAUUUUGCUUCCCCCCAUUAUAUUUUAUGCAGGCUACAGCUUGAAAAGGAGGCACUUCUUCAGAAACUUGGGAUCCAUCCUGGCAUAUGCUUUCCUCGGCACUGCCAUUUCCUGCCUUGUGAUUGGCUCCGUGGUGUACGGCUGCGUGGCGCUGAUGAAAGUCACCGGGCAGCUGGGGGGAGAUUUCUACUUCACUGACUGCCUCCUGUUUGGGGCCAUCGUGUCAGCCACUGACCCAGUGACUGUCCUUGCCAUAUUCCAUGAGCUCCAGGUGGAUGUGGAGCUGUAUGCCCUUCUCUUUGGCGAAAGCGUCCUCAAUGAUGCCGUUGCCAUCGUGCUGUCUUCCUCAAUAGUUGCGUAUCAGCCAGCGGGUGACAACAGCCACACGUUUGAUGUCACGGCAAUGUUCAAGUCCAUCGGGAUCUUCCUGGGGAUAUUCAGUGGAUCUUUUGCAAUGGGAGCAGCUACUGGAGUUGUGACAGCUUUAGUCACCAAGUUCACCAAACUUCGGGAGUUCCCCUUGCUGGAGACUGGCUUGUUCUUCUUGAUGUCCUGGAGCACGUUCCUGCUGGCUGAAGCGUGUGGCUUUACAGGUGUGGUGGCUGUGCUCUUCUGUGGGAUCACACAGGCCCAUUAUACCUAUAACAACUUAUCUACAGAGUCCCAACACAGAACUAAGCAGUUGUUUGAGCUUCUGAAUUUCUUGGCAGAAAACUUCAUCUUCUCCUACAUGGGACUUGCACUGUUCACCUUCCAGAACCAUGUCUUCAAUCCUACCUUCGUGGUGGGGGCCUUUCUUGCUAUCUUCCUAGGAAGAGCUGCCAAUAUUUACCCAUUGUCAUUUUUACUGAAUUUGGGAAGAAGAAAUAAGAUUGGAACGAAUUUGCAGCACAUGAUGAUGUUUGCUGGGCUGCGCGGAGCCAUGGCCUUCGCGCUGGCCAUCCGCGACACGGCCACCUACGCGCGGCAGAUGAUGUUCAGCACCACCCUGCUCAUCGUCUUCUUCACCGUCUGGGUGUUCGGUGGGGGCACCACGGCCAUGCUCUCCUGCCUCAACAUCCGGGUCGGUGUGGACGCGGAUCAGGAGAACGUGGGUGUCCCAGAGAGCGAGAGGAGGAGCACGAAGGCUGAAAGCGCUUGGCUUUUCCGCAUGUGGUACAACUUCGACCACAACUACCUAAAGCCUCUCCUGACACACAGUGGUCCCCCUCUGACCACCACACUCCCCGGGUGCUGUGGGCCUGUUGCCCGGUGCCUGACGAGCCCCCAGGCGUACGAGAACCAAGAGCAGCUGAAGGACGACGACUCCGACCUCAUCCUCAACGACGGCGACAUCAGCCUGACGUACGGGGACUCGGCGGUCAACGCCGACUCGGUGGCGUCCAGCGGCGCCUCCCGGCGCUUCGUGGGCAACAGCUCGGAGGAUGCCCUGGACCGGGAGCUGGCCUUUGGGGACCACGAGCUGGUGAUCCGGGGGACGCGCCUGGUGCUGCCCAUGGACGACUCGGAGCCGCCGUCGAACGUCCUGGACAGCGCCAGGCACGGUCCGGCCUAAGGUCGCUCGGUUUCAUUGACAGUAAUAUUUGCAUAUAUGAUCAAGAAGUAUGUACUACCUAAAGUCUAAUGCAUGUCUCAAAAUGUCUAAGCUGUAUAAAUAUUAUUUAUAUGGUGUCAAAAGAAUUUAAAUAUUCUCUGCCAAGCACUUGUAAAGAACAAGCUGCAAAUUUAAGUUAAAAACUGUGUUGACUGCACUAUGUAGGGUGGAACUGUUUUAGCGUCAGAGUCUUUUGCACACAGUGAGCUUCGUUAAUGUGUGAUUUGAUGAAGGGUUUAGUUCCCAGCGGGUGAGUAAAGGAGCUGUGACUUCCUGUUCAUCCUUUGAACCUGGCAGAGGAGGGUAGGGAGUUGCUGGUGAGCAGUGGAAAUUGCUUUCUAGUCUGAUGAGGAUUGUUGAGUUUCUUUUGGUCUCUGAUCUUUGGAUAGUCACGUUUGAAAUAUCAGCAAAAAAUCUGCUCACAGACCCUCUCGCCAGGCAGUGGAUGGUGAUAAACUUGUUUCACUGUGGGAACCUGGAGACUUUCUGCUUCUGAGGGACCCUCUGCCCAAGCCCUGCUUUAGUGGGCUCAUGGCAGACCCCAGCCAAAGCUGGCAGCAAGGGCUGCGGGCGUCCGGCUGCUGGGAUGGGAGCAGGAGAGAGGGAUGGUUGGUGUCUGUAGUUGUGUUCAGGAGAAGGAGGCCAUCCCACAGAAACUACACCAGGCGUGCACAGAUUUUAGGUCUCAGUUCAUCUUUCAGCUGUGGCUCAAGCAGCUUUCUUGAACCAGCCAUCAAAUCCUCUUUUGGCAACUAAAUUUCACGUCUGGGAAGCGGCCGUGUGGUCGCGCGGGCGAGUCCCUGUCCUGCGGUCACAGAUGUAGCCAAGGUGUGCAGAGCUGCUGCAGCUGCACAUGGGGCUGUGCAGCACAGCCAGCCUCAAACUCCAGCUUUAAGGCUGCAGAUCCAGACGGUACCUGCGGAGCUCUCCAGAGGCAUCCAGCUGGUACUGAAGGGGAGCCGUCCAUCCGUCCGUCUGUCCUCCCGCAGAGUCAGAAACCAUUGCACUUUGUUUGGUAACUCCUUAGCAUGCUGUGUGUCUGCAGUCCCCACCCGACCUUUCUUGUGUCUCUUAUCAUUUAUUGAGAAAUGUUUGUGAGUUGAUUUUUGGUUUUAAUUUACGUUUUUUAUUUUUCAAGGAAGAGCACAGAACAAUUUGCGAUUUCACACUAGUGUUAAAGGAUUUAUUCUGUAGUUAUGGGAAUGGCUAAAGGUGCAGUGAAACUGCUAACCCUGACAUCUUUUGUAUCCUGGAAAGGGGGAAUCAUGAAAAUUUACUGUAUGUAAUUUUAUUGUCUAUUUUAUCUACAGUUUUUCUAUACAAACCUUUCAGGGUUACUGGUGCACUACAGGCCCAUUCUGGAGUUAACCCUCUCCAGAGGGCUUAAACAGAGGUAUUUAAAAUGAAAAUACAUGAAAGAGAGCCAGGUGAGUCCGAGCACUCACAGCUCCCAUUAGCUGUCUUUGGAACAAACUCUGCAUCUCUCAGGAUCUGACCCUGAGACCUCAGAGCAGUGUCUCCACAGCUGCUUUCCCCAGCACCACCUGAGAGUUGGAGGAGACAGAAAAUCCUGAAGUUUCAAGUGUAUAUGUAUAGCUGAGAAAAUAAAUUACACUAUUUGUUUAUUUUGUUUUUUCAUUUUCUCAGGUCUAAUUAACAUUGCCUUAAAUUUAUGGAUGUGAAACGAUAAUUAUUUUGGCAGUUUAUCCCCAAGAAAAUGCUUUCUUUUUCCUUCUGAACAAAAUGUGUAAGUGUUGCCAUAGGACUUCCCUAGAAGGGAGGUAAUGCUCUGUUUAUAUUUGGAUAUAUUUGGGGCAUCUUCCUUGCACCUGUAAAUGGCAUCCCGCUGUUAACAAAGCUGUUGGAUUAGCACUGGCCUUUGUUUCCUACUAUGCAGGAAUUCCAUAAAGUGAGUGUGCAUUUUAUAUGAUGUCUGUAACUUAACUUCAUGUGUUUAAAAAAAAAAACAAAAAAAAGGAGAAAAAAAGAAGAGUAGAAACCUGUUGAUUUUAGGUUUACUGCAUCACUUCUACAUCCUGUUUUUUGUCCGUUCUGCC